GCGUGUGGAUAUGAUAAGCGGCGACUUUCUGACUACCGGGGUUUGAAGUUGUUAUUACUGCCUGUCACCUGAGGACACGCGGAUUGCCGGAGGAUGGAUAUGUUCUCUCAAAUCUGCAGAGCUGUAUCAUCUAGACUUCCCUCCUUUUCUAGUUCUGUUCUUACAUCAAGGGAAUCCAGAAUGAAUCCGAAGGAAAUCCAAGAAUUUGUUGAAAACGGCCUCAAAGACAACGGCCUCGUUGUCUUCAUCCGGACUUCGCCGCCUUGUUACUACUGCCAGCAAGCUCUCCGCUUCCUGCGAGAAAAUCCAGAUCUCAAUGGUAAAUCGAUCGACCUUAGUGAAACCGGGGAGCAGCAUGCUAUUAUCAGCUACCUUGGCGGCCUCCCGGGUUCUUCAGCCACGUUCCCUCGGGUUUUUGCUAACAAGAAGUUGAUUGGUGGCUAUUCCGAUUUGGAGGGCUUGGGUGCAUCUGGUGUAAAGGCCAUUCUCCAGAAGGUGUAAGGUUUUCAUGAGAACCGUGGGUCAAUACCAUGACAGUUCCGACUCGGAGUGAUUGGUUUAGUGAUGUCGUACAAGUUGAAUCAUUCGAUAGAAUUUUCAGACAGAGGCAAUGUAUCUUGAGGAUUGACAUAUCAUGUACGAGAUUCAUAUUAUUGCGAGCCACGAGUACUACGAUCUCCUCGGUAAUGAGUCAUCUUGGACCCUA